AUCGAAUCUUAUCGAAUCGAAUUCAGGCACGCGCUCCGCGAAGAGGUGCCAGCGACCGACCAUGGCGCCUUCUCAAAUAAAUCAAGAGGAUCCACACGGUCAACGGGCAUCAACGCCGCCCUCAUUGUUCGCGCGAGAGGAAGAAGCAUUGGUCCUCUUUACUACAGUACUACUAGCUAGCUAGGUUCACACAGCCUUAUAACAGCAGUCAGUUCAGCUAAAUAUAUAUAUAUAUAUUAGCAGGAGGAGACCAACCAACAGGAAGCACUAGUGUUUGGUUGCUUCAAAAGAAAAAGAAGACAAGAAAAAAGGAAAAUCCAUUGUAACACACACCCAAGUACCUUUAGAAGAAUCAAACAAGUCAACGACUCGAACCAUGUGGAACGCAUUUACGGAAUCGGCUCGCAAGGGCAUUUCGGAUGCGAUGGAAAAGACGGGAGAAGCGUUGGAAAAGACGGGCGAUGCCAUUUCCAAGGCGGCGUCGAAUCCGUCGUCGCAACGACAGAAUCAGCGCAUGAUGCCGCGGAAUUUAGAGUCCAUGCCCGCCGAAGAAGCAUCGGCGUCGGACAUUCGUGCCCGAGCGGCCGCCGCAUUGGCCAAAGUCCAAGCCAAAGAAGACAGUGGGACGCUGUCGUCUCCUGUGGGCAACAAGAAGAAGAAAACAUCCUCGGUGCUGCUCGGUGCGAGUACUAGUAGUACUUCUAGUAGUAUGGCGUCGUCACCCGGAAUGAAGAAAUUGGCGCCGCCUCCUCUAUUUCAAAAUGGAUUUCAAAAUUUACAAAAAGGAUGGAGCAAUGUCGUGGAAGGCGCCAAAAAGGGAGUUGCCGCGGCACAAGAAGCCGUCGAAAAGGAACAAUCGCGCUUGGAACUCAUGUUACAGGCGAGAGAUCGACCGCACUACUUUUCUCGUGAACUCCAUUUGCCCUUGGAUGUUCCCGCACUCAAAGAUGCCGAAGUCGUGUACGUCACGGAUCGCAUUAUUAGUAUGAGUCAUCCGGCGUUGCCAUCGCAGACGUCCCAAAUUUCGGGAGAACGCAAAUUGGCGGCCGUUUGUCAUUUAUUGGAAAAACGACACGGAUCCGGCAAUGUCAUGAUUUGGAACUUGUCGGAAGUCACCAAUUAUCAAGAUCACGCCAAUCCCGUACUCGAACGCGUCGGGCCUGUAUUGGCUUUUUCGUUUCCCGGAUCCCCGGCGCCUCCACUCGGGUUGUGGUUGCAACUAUUGCUCAGUUUGGAAAAAUGGUUGCAAGCGUCCCCUCAAAAUGUCGCCGUCGUGCACUGUCUGACGGGCAAGGGACGCACAUCCACCGUACUUGCGGCAUUUUUGUGUUGGAUGGCCGAAGCGGGAUUUGAAAAAACCAACAUGACCAUGGCAUUGGCGUAUAUUGCGCAGUGCAAAAAAAUGACCGUCGAAGAAUUGACCAUUCCCUCGCAACGACGAUAUGCGCAAUACUUUACGAAUAUGUUGGAAGGAAUUCGACCCAGUCAACCACCGCUGGUACUCAAACGCAUUAUUAUGAGUGAAGCGCCUCAUUUCGCUCUGGGACCCCCGAUAGUACGCAACAAGAAAAAGCAAGAAGGCGACAAUAAUAACAACAAUGACGAUGGUACCGAACAAGUGGGAGAAAACAAGGAUCGCAUGGGAUGUGCUCCCUAUCUACAAGUCUUUCAGGCAGGACAACUCUUGCACACGGUCGCUGCCACGCUCAAUUUGCAACAACAGCCCGAUGCGCUACCGUUUUGUCAGGUGGCCGAUGGAUCCAUUUCCUUUCAUGUCGAACAAAUCAUUCAAGGAGAUGUGCUCAUUCGAUGUCGACAUUUGGCACAUUCCACCAAACAAAAGAUUAGCAUGUUCCGGGCCGCCUUUCAUACCGGAUAUGCACCGCCCAAUGUAUUGAGAUUUACCAAACCACAGUUGGAUGGCGCUUGCAAUGAUCCACGAUUCCCCGAUGAUUUCUUUGUCGAUUUGAUUCUAGAACCGUGCAAUGAAAAACAAGUGAGCGAGUUUUAUCAACAACAACAACAAGAAGAGGAAAAACGAAAACAACAACAACAAGAAGACCAGCAAGAGGGAGAGCAGCAGCAGCAAGCUGAAAAUAGUCGCACUACCUCGAAAAAGGAUGCUGUCGUGACGGCAUCGACCUACGAUUCCAUGUUGCAUCGGGAUUCCCGAUUCUGGGAUGUCAUUGCCGAGCAUUUGAAAACCACGGAAGAAAAAGAGGGCAACGUUAGCGAAGAAGAGCAGCCCAAAGAUAGCAAAGCGUCGCGUAUGGGACCCACAGUGGGAAAACGACGAGUCUUUGUGUCGACACCCAAAGCCAAGACGGAGGAUGGAAAAGCCAGUGACGGUCAAGACAGCACCAAGGCUGCCAACGCUCAGGAUCCAUUGUUGCAGACAUUUUCCAUUGGAGGUGAACUGGACUUUUUGCCAGAACCGGAGAAACCCAAACCAAAGGAAGAACUACCACCCAAGAAGGAUUCGUUAAUGGCUGCCUUGAUGGGUGCUCUGGAAGAAGAGCAUCACGAGGACGGACCGCGCCCUGAUACGGAGGAAAUUGUCUUUGAGGAUGACUCGACAGCUGGUAGCAGCGAACCCGGGAGCGUACCACCACCACAACCAACCAUUGUCGCAUUGCCGCCCAAAGAAGGAAGUACCUCCACGGAUGCCACCAAAGCACCUCCGGCGCACCAAGAAUCUACGGCGACAACCGAAUCCAUGAAGGAAAUGGAAAAUCUCUUGUCCAACACAUCGGCAAGCGAUCUGGAUAUGGACGCCUUGUUGGCCGAUGAUGGAGAUGAUGACUUUAACUUGGAGGACUACAAUGUGGACGACGAGGAUGACGAGUUGGCUGAUUUGGAAAACUUUCUGAACUCAAAGUAGAGGCACACACACACAAAACGGAUCGUGCAACAACCAGUAGCAAGAACACAGCAAGAUGAUUUUGAAAUUUGCUUAUUCUCUGAUAGAUAGUCAAUAAACUAAAUUUGAAAAGACCAG